CGCAGCCCCCCAGUAAUCCGUGUUUCGAAGUUAUCGCGGUCCGCUACCCUACAGCGCAACACACUUUCAGAACCGAUAUUUGCAAAUCAUCAGGAGGUAAAAUAUCCCUGACCUUUUUCCACUCUCGAUAUGGGAACUAGCAUCUUGCCCUCCGGCGACCCGCGAUGGAACAGAACCCCCAUUCGCCCAGGAUUCUUUGUCUUUAUCCUUAUCACUAUACUAAACGCUGGGAUAUGCAUCGCGGAAACGGCAAAGCGUUCGCAUGUAAUGGGCGUCCUGGUCCUAACCGUCUCCCUUGUGACCACCGUGCAUCUGGCGAUAGACAUGUACUUGUUCUUCGUCAAGGGCAGGCUCCACGGGAUAUCGGUUUUCCUCCUGUUCUUUGCAGAGUUCUGCCUCUGGAUGGUGGUCGCCGUCUCCGAGGCGAUGGACUUGGGGUUCUUGAGCAAGCCCAAGGGGUGGUUCAAUACAGAUGGGCCGUUUCCCGAGUGUGGGUUUGGGGAUAAUAUGGUGAAUGGUGGGAUCUGUGAGCUGAUGAGGGCGAGGUUCUUUAUUUCGUUGGCUAUUCUGAUAUUUUCGUUUGCUUUCACCCUCUUCAGUGCACUCGGACCAGCGCCUGAGACGAGACCGAUUUCGAGUUUGAUGGAGAGCGGGGAUGGGGAAGGUGGGGAGGGUGCGCAACGUUGUUCUGAUCAAGAACAGGUCCAACCACCCAACAUGGAUAAGGCGCAGCCGGUGGUGGAGGUUGCGUAAAUUUUCUGCAUUCGUUGAUACAUGAACAUCUAUGGCAACGAGAGUAGUAGUAGCACUUGCGGAUUUCGGGGCAUCAAAAUAGUGCUCGGGUGUGGGCUCUCAUUUCUUAUAUGUGUUAUGACCUUGGUACUGCUUUUGUUAUUUCCUUAACCACGAAGUCGUCAGUUUUGUCCCAGCUCAUUUGAUUCGAAUUUAAUUUUGUUCCCCCCCGUCAACUUGCUCUAUU